GAUGCGCUCCGGGUACAAGGUCAAGGUGAACUGAAUUCACAGGUGGAAAACUUCUUCAGAAACUGAAUAGUACACAUACAACAAAGUUCAUUAAGUGUUGUAGUGUGUUUCUGAGCGCUUCACACCAUCUCUCUCAUCACCUGAAACUAACAGCACAUGUGGUUUGAACAAUUGGAGGACGUGGUGCCUCUUGUCUUUAAAUCAGCAGAUAUCUCAUAUGAUAGGGUGGCCAUUGUGGUCACACUUUAGAAGAGCUUCCUCCACGUCAACAGAGGAAAUGGUGAGAAGCUAAACAUUACAGGGAGCAGGCACAGUGAUGCUGAAGAAGGCACUUCAAGACCAUAGUUUUAGGGGACAACAGUAUGAGCAUUAAAUCAACUCUGGUAUUGUGACUGAGACGUCAUGGCUUGUGCAGACAUCCCUAUGGACAUCCUGGGUCCUGAGGCUGAGGAGGAGGAGUAUAAGGAGGCCGGGGACCAGAGAGGAGAACCACUGAUCAAGUAUUACCAAGCAACUGAACUAAUGCCUGCUCCCAAAGGACCACUCCAUGACCUGUUGCUGAAGCAGCCUGCCGUGUUGGGGUCUUUGCAGAUGACGAGCGGUCUACUCAGUGUUGCAGUAGGACUUGUGUUUGCUGCAACUCGGGAGGCGAGGCAUUCCCUUUUAACCAUGUUCAGAGUCGCACCCUUCACUGGACUACUAUUCUUCAUCGCUGGGUUGUUAUCCAACCUGUUGUUCAAAUUCCCCAGACUAUUACCUGUCUGCCUGUGUGUCAACAUUGGCAGCAUGGUCGUAGCAGGAGUUGGAGGAGUGUUGAUAUGCGUUGACUUGGGCAUGGACAUGCCUUCCUGGGAUUCCAAUGUUCAACAUCAUAUAAAGCUGGAGGUGCUGAUGCUCUGUGUGUUGGUCAUGGAGGUGACCCUCUCUGCUGUCCUCUCCUUCUGGAUCCGGGGAGUGAAACGCAGCCAUUCACCGUGAGCUGUUAUCUGUCUGACAACUAUUCAUGGACGACCACAUCCAAAUAGAUUGACAUUUAAAAAAUAAAAUGAUAGUGAGCGAGGAUGACAAUGGGGAAAUGCUGUGUCAGAGGGCAGCAGGGAGUUAUCAUUAUAAUGGAGUCUCUAUUUGAUUGUAAAUGAACCACCAUCUGAAUAUCCAAGAUAGAAAGUACUCUAAAACUGUUUAGCUUCGACCAUCAGUGUGUGUCUCAAUGUAUGAGAAAGUACAGCAGCCUCAGAUAUCUUUACCCACUAUCCAUUUUUUGACGGCCCUAAACCUAUCUGUGGGUUUUAGAGUACUGUCUCAACCUCGGUGAUUGCCUGCCUGCCUCCCUCCCUCCCUGCCUACCUGCCUGCCUGCCUGGCUGCCUGCCUGCCUGCCUGCCUGCCUGCCUGCCUGCCUGCCUGCCUCCCUGCCUGCCUGCCUGCCUGCCUCCCUGCCUGCCUGCCUGCCUGCCUGCGAGUCCUGUCUGUGUGGUUCUCUCUGAGCAGGCUGGUUGUGGUCUAACACACACACACACAGCGUAGCUACACGCUCCACUCAGACUGAGAACAACAGUCUUGUGGUCAAAACUAGAAUGCGUCCCAAAUGUCACCCUAUUCCCUAUUUACUGCACUACCCUACCCUGACCAGGGCAGGGUAGGGCACAACGAUGUAGGGAAUAGGGUGCCAUUUGGGACACGCCCGUAUUGUGUUCUCUGAGGUGUCGAGGCAACCAUUCUUCAUUAGCGUUGCCUCCUCAUUGGUUCGUUGUUCCCUAUUCCAACCAGUAUCAGUUCUUCCUGUGUGACUCUAUCUAUCUCAGUGUGUGUGUGUGUGUGUGUGUGUGUGUGUGUGUGUGUGUGUGUGUGUGUGUGUGUGUGUGUGUGUGUGUGUGUGUGUGUGUGUGUGUGUGUGUGUGUGUGUGUGUGUGUGUGUGUGUGUGUGUGUGCAGCGGUGUGUUUGUGGUUAAUGAUACGAGUGUGUCUGUAUGUAGCAGUAGCGUUGGGCGCUAACUGUAAAGGCUGACAGCAUCAGUACAGAGCUUAGGCCGACCAGUUGACAGUUUGAAACAGAGACAUUUAGAAACUAAGCCCCGUUGUUGCUGUUUUCAACUGAUACGCUCACAUCUAACAGACUCUGUUAUCCAGAGACAGUGCUUUGCCUUGCUCGCUUCAACCACUGGAAUUGUUGUUUGAGUAAAAAUCAUUUCCAUAUUAGGCAUUGGGAAAAAGCUGAAGUAAUAUCAUGUCAGAUGUCGCUGUGGUGCUAAAAAUCAAAGAGCUUUUUAAUAUCCUGUUUAAUACUCUGUACAGAGAGACACAUAGUACUGGUACGAUAAGAACAGCCAGAGAGACAGGGAAAUGUCACUUGUUCCGACGCCUCGAUCACACCGACAG